AUGGCCGUUAAACAGGUGGAGAUUCCUCGUAAUUUGGCAAAAAACGAAACCAUUAAACUGAGUAUUGAUGCUUUGCAUUCAGAAGUAGAAGCUAUGAAAGAUCUUGAUCAUUUGAAUGUUGUUCAGUAUCUUGGGUUUGAGCAGGUUGGAAACAGAUAUAGUUUAUUUCUUGAAUAUGUUGCAGGGGGAUCUGUUGGUAGUUGUAUCAGAAUGCAUGGAAAAUUUGAUGAACAGAUGAUUAGAUUUUUAACUAAGCAAGUAUUAGAUGGCUUAUCUUAUUUGCAUUCGCUUGGUAUUCUUCAUAGAGAUUUGAAAGCUGAUAAUUUGCUAUUAGAUUUAGAUGGUGUUUGCAAAAUAUCCGAUUUUGGAAUAUCCAAAAGAAGUGCAGAUAUUUAUUCUAAUGAUACUGAUAUGUCAAUGCAAGGAACAAUAUUUUGGAUGGCACCAGAAGUUGUUGAUAAUGUUGUACAUAACAAGAAAAUGGGAUAUAGUGCAAAAAUUGAUAUCUGGUCAUUGGGAUGUGUUGUUUUGGAGAUGUUUGUUGGUAGAAGACCAUGGUCUAAUUCUGAAGCAGUAAGUGCUUUGUAUAAUUUGGGCAAAAUGAGACAAGCGCCACCAAUACCUGACACAACAAGAAAGGAUAUGUCUAGUCUGGGUUUAGAUUUUUUGAAUAAGUGUUUUCAAAGCGAUCCAGAAAAGAGACCUAUUGCUAAAAUACUUUUAAAGCAUUCAUUUUGUGAUGUUGCAUCUGAAUUUGAUUUUAAUAAAACCCAAUUGGCUCAGAUGAUCAAAAAUAACAAUAGAUCAAAAGGUGAUAGUUUUAAGAAAAAUCAUUAUAGAUGA